AUGUAUACUAAUGUUACAGGCUGCCCUGUGAUAUCAAAAUGUAAAGUUGGAGUAAAUGGAAUGAUUAGUCUUGACGGUAAUCCAAUUGUUAUGAAGGAUGCAGCCAUAAACACUACAAAGGAUGGCUCAAUGAAAAUCUUAGCUCCUUAAGGUAACCCCUGUUCUCUUGUCAUCUAGAAUAACAGAGUCUCUGAUCUAACUCUAUAAAUUUCAGGACCAAAUGUAGCUGCCGAACUGGUAAAAAUAGAUAUGACAAAGCAAUCUCAAAUUUAGAAAACCUAUGCAUACACUUCCUUUACGAUAUUCAAAUUAAAGCCAGCAGAUGAUUUCAUGGUUAUGUAUAUUGGCUCAAUAGAUCCCAAAGGUGAUGGAGAUCUCAUCUUCUCUUGGAAGAAUGACCAAGUAUUUGGUCUCGAUAGCAUCCUUAAUAUGAAACUAUUAUAUUCAUAAACUAAGUACGACUAUGUCGCCUAUCUUAAGAAAACUGGAGUCUAUGAUCUUGUAUAAGAGUCUUUAAAAUAAACUGCAGUCAAUAGACCUCUUGAUCCAAUAAGAUUCAUAGCAGCCUAUCUGCAAGAAAGAGCAGAGGAUUAUGAAAAUGUUGGAUUAAAUCAUGGAAACGGUCCAUCAGGGAAUGCAAAUUUGCAACCGUCUGAUGUGAGUAAAGGGUCUUCUGAUAAUUCCAAGGUUAAGAAGAAUAACAAUCCUGUUGAAUAGGAGUCUGUGUAUGGUGUUGAUCAACCAGUCAAGUUAGGCUAACCCAGAAACAAGGAACCAGAGAAGCGUAAAAUCUUAGACUAAAAUAAAUUCAAGACUAAUAGGCAACUAGUCCAUAUCUAAGAUCCAACUGAACUUGAUAACAACUCUAAGACAUCCCUUUUGCAGGUACUUACUGAACAAAUAGUCAUUUCAUCUAAAAUAGUGAAUGAUUAUUAUGAACCUGCAAAGCAGAACCUUGGAGACAUUGUCUUUAAACUAAUCUAGGGGUAAAAUGUAAUCUUAACUGAUAGAAAUUUUCCUGCUACUAACAGUUAAGAAUUUGAGUUACUGUUACAAGAAAUAUCUAAGUAGUAUUAGAAUGUUAUUGAAGUAGAACUAAACUCUAAAAGCGUUUCAGAUGUUGAAUACAAGGUAGUCCACAACAGUCAAUUAGAACUUGUUGGUGAAAGUACUCAUCUUCUUCCUAUUUCAUCUGAAUAAAAAGACCUCAUUGGCAAAUAUCUAGUAACUAUGAUCGAAGAAAUGAACUUGCUUAAAAUGAUCUAUAACCCCAAAUUUAUAGCUGAAAUCAAGGAAGAAAUAUUCAUUAUAAAUGGAGAAGAGCUGACUCAAUAUGUUGCAAUCCAUGAGAAAUCUGAUAAGAAUCUCGAUAAUAUCCCUGAAAUUUGGAAGUUUAAGACAGAACCAGUACUUGAGAACUAUAAGCCAGAGAAAGCUGCUUUCUACCUUUUUUAAGCGCUCAGUAUUGUUAACUAUCUUCAUGAAAAUAAUGUCUAUCAUGGUAGCAUCAGGCCCUUAGCAUUUGAAAUAUACAAGGAUUAGAGUAUGAAGAUCAGCGAUCUUCAAUAUGGAAUAAAAAUGAAGGACGAUUCAUCUAAAAAUCUAGAUAGAGAGAUUUAUCAAUUAAGAGGAUUACCAGAAUUUUGCUCAGAUGAUACAAAAAGGAGAUUCUAAGCUGGCUCCAAGUUUGCUAGAAAGCAUCUAAUAGAAGUUGAUAGAUUUUCUUUAAUAUCUACUUUUGAACAGGUUAUCGAUGAUCUCAAGAUCUUCAUUCAUGGCAAUAAACAAGCUGAUCAAUUGCUCUUUAUGCAAAUCUACCAAGAUCUUAAGAAAGAGUCUAUUGAAAAGACAUACAUAAAAUGGGAUAAGUAUUUUUAAAAUCACACUGAAUUCUUCUUCACUCUGCAAGACUAAAUGUUGGCUGAGCAUAAAUUCUUUGCAGUGCCAACAAUUUUCACUUAUUCAGAGUAUCAGGACUUAAUCAAAUUUGAGCUUAACAUGGUAGAGUAAAAACUAGAAACUGGUAAUGACAAUUAAUCUGAAAAGUCUAGUCAUUUUACAGCUAGCAAACUUAACCAAGAUAAUAAAUCGGCCCUUAACUAAAAGUUGUUUAUUGCUUCAUGGAUGAAGUAUGGCUAAUACAGAAACGACAAACUAAAAACAUUUCAUAUUAACCAAAGAAUUUUCCAGUACUUACAUCUUUGCUAUGAAUUCCCUGGAUUCUACGCAGUUAGAAUGAAUUCUAAGAUCGAAGCAAUGACCGAAUUAAUGCCUGUCUUCAAGAAAACCUUGCAUAAAGUUCCCUAAGUAUAGCAAGAAUUUGUGCUGUACUUCUAUGGUUUGACAAUGUCAUGCUCUGAUUAAGAAAUCAUUAAAGAGGCAAUAAAAUUUGUGAAGUAAUGUGGAAGAGAAUCUUAUGUGAUGUAGGCUUUGGCCUAUCUUUAUUUUAGAAUGGCAAAAUUUUUUUUCUAUAGAGAUGAAAAUGACUAACUAAUUUGCUAUUAUCCUUAUUCAGAUAACCCCCCAGCUGAGUAAUAUUCCAACUUAGCUCUUAAAGCUAUGGAACUUGUUGAUGGUAAUCAAGAUUUUGAGAAAGAAAUAUAUCUGUUUUUGGUUCAGUAUUAUAAUAUUUGGGGCUAUACAUAAAAAGUUAGAGAUUUUUUCAAACAAAUUAAUAUGAAGUUCUUUUUCUAAAGCUUGAGGCAAAUUUAAGAUCUUGAUUUAAUUGUUGCAUAUGGCAAUCAUUUAACGCUACUAGGUAAAUUUGAUGAGGCAAAAUCAUAUCUGAUGAAAGCAGGAGGCAUAUUUGGCAAAGUAUUCGGAAAAUCCUUCAACAGAUAUCUUGACUUCUCUUGGGAACUUGGAAGGAAUCUAUUGAUUUAAGGCAACGCUGAUUUCAUGCAGCAUUUGAUGAAAAUUAAAGUUGAUUCAAAGUACUAUUUAGAGUAUAUAGAACUACUAAAGCCUUUAAAUUAGAUUGAUAAGUUGGUUGAAGCAAUCCAUGACUUUAAUCCACCUUUUGAUCAUGUUGAGCCCUUCAUUUGGCAGUAUUUGCUAGCCAAAUACUACUAAAUUGAAUACCAAACUGAAUUGAAUGAAGAAGAGAUUAUCUAUCAACUAAAUAAUUACAUAACCUACGAUCAGCUUAAUCCAGAGAAAAACGAGACAGAUUAGUAAUAGGAUCCAAACUUCCCCACAGUUUAUAGAGAAUUUAUUAAUUAUGUUUGUGACAAUACACUUAUCUUCUAGGCUUUGACAGCUUAUCUAGGUGUAAAAGAGGAUGAUAGAUUAUAUAUUUAUGGCCAACAAUAUAGAAUAGACUUUUUGUAGAAAACAUUUUAACAAAGUUUGAACUAAGAAGAGCCUGCAGAAGAAUGA